GACAAUUUUCCCGCAGAGCCCAAUUACAUGGGCAGCAGGCAGCAGUUUGUUCAAAGUAGCUCCACGUUUAAGGACCCAGAAAGAGCCAGCCUGAGAGACAGUGGGCACGGGGACAGUGAUCAGGCUGACAGUGACCAAGACACUAACAAAGGCUCCUGCUGUGACAUGUCUGUUAGGGAGGCGCUCAAGAUGAAAACGACUUCAACUAAAAGCCAACCACUUGAACAAGAACCGGAAGAGUGUGUUAAUUGCACAGAUGAAUGCCGAGUGCUUGGUCAUUCUGACAGGUGCUGGAUGCCACAGUUCCCUGCAACCAAUCAGGCUGAAAAUGCAGAUUACCGCACAAAUCUCUUUGUACCCACAGUUGAAGCGAAUGUUGAGACCGAGACUUAUGAAACUGUGAAUCCCACUGGGAAAAAGACUUUUUGUACAUUUGGAAAAGACAAGCGAGAGCACACGAUUCUCAUUGCCAAUGUGAAACCUUAUUUAAAAGCCAAACGUGCCCUGAGCCCUCUCCUCCAAGAGGUCCCUUCAGCAUCAAGCAGCCCGACCAAGGCGUGCAUCGAGCCUUGCACUUCCACAAAAGGCUCCCUGGAUGGUUGCGAAGCAAAGCCAGGAGCCCUGGCCGAGGCGAGCGGCCAGUACUUGCCCACUGACAGUCAGUAUCUGUCCCCCAGCAAGCAACCAAGAGACCCUCCCUUCCUGGCCUCUGAGCAGAUGGCAAGGGUCUUCGCAGAUGUGCAUUCGAGAGCCAGCCGGGAUUCCAGCGAGAUGGGCACCGUCCUGGAGCAACUUGACCACCCCGGCCAGGAUCUGGGCAGAGAGUCGGUGGAUGCAGAGGAGGUCGUGAGGGAAAUCGACAAGCUUCUGCAGGACUGCCGGGGAAAUGACCCUGUGGCUGUGAGGAAGUGAAGAAGAAUAAAAGGCAUUGGCAUCUUCCUGUUUCUUCUUUUGAUUGAAAACUGAUCCCUCCUGGUGACAACCCCAUUUUACAGGGAUGAAGAAAGACCAAUGCUGCUUUCAGGCUCUUAGUGAACAUCUGAAGUGCCCACGAGUAUGUUCUUUUCACUGCUGUUUCUUUUUCAGAGAUAACGAUGGUUUUGUUCUGACCAGAAUUAUAUUAGGACAGAAUUAACGAAGCUCAAAGCGGAAAGACAAACAGAGAAGAAAAAGGAGAGGAGAUAAAAGAGGAUGAUGAAGCAAGUUACCUUUUGACAAUCUGUUAGGAAGGUAUACAGUGUGAGAAUGGAAGAUUUUUUCUGAUCGCUCUAAGACUGUCCUCCAUGAUUUAUGCUGACUUAACUGUUUACCUAUAAACCCCAUACAAAGCAGGGUCAUAAUUUUUGAUCUGUGGUAGAAUUUCUAGCAGUCACCACAGGCUUCUACUGAACGCCCCGAAAAGACCUUGCAGUAGUCCAAGCUACACCAAACAUUAACACAUAUUUGUGGUAAACAUUUCUGUAUAAAGUUACCUGCCACACAUAUAAACACAGAGAACAUUCCAUAUCAUUAGUCGAAAAAAAUUAAAAACUGGGUCAUUUGUAAAACACCUCAUGUCGUAUGAAAGUUAAAUGUAAAAAGAUAUAUUCCAUUUUGUCCUGCACACACAUAGACUAACUCACUUCAUGAAAGGAGAAGAAAAUUUAAAGGUUUAAAAUCCCUCUUUAGCAUUUUAGUGUCCAACAAACAUAUAUGUAACAAUGGAUAUGUUUUAAAUUUGCCCUGGAAAAGUUCUGAAAAGUAGUUACCGUUGAGUGCUGAUAUUCAGAGACAAUUAACAUGAUUGAUAUGUUUUAUUCAUUUGUGGACACUAAAAUAGCUCAGGAACGUGAAAAUGUUUUAGACAUACACAAAUCACAUGACCAUUUACAUGUGCAAAUGUAAGAAGAUUAAAUGUGUUUACAUCAAAUGACAUAUUUUUAUUGAUUUAUUGCAGAUUCAGUGCAUAUGAGCCAAAUUGUUGAGUGUAUAAGAGCUAUAUUGUGUAUUUUAUUAAAUUAAUAUAUAGUUGUGUUGCAAAAAUAUUUGGGCUUAUAUUGUAAAUGGCAAGUGUUGCCUCGGUAGCUGUCGAACUCUAUGAGUUUUGUUUUUUCCUGCUUCCUUUUCCCCAUGGAGUGUUGGAAGCAGUGCCUCAGAGCAAAGUCUCUUGUUUAAUGUAUAGUCUACCAAGUACUACAGUACAUAAUCUGUUCAAAAUGUGUUUGAGUGAGCUGAUGGAGCUAACUGAAAGGUCAAAAAAUACAUCUGUCAGUCACUGUUAUGUGCAAGUCCUUUGUGGAAGCUUUUAUUAAAGUCACGCUAAAUCACAAGAAUUACAUUUGUACCAAUACCUGAAACUUCUUCAUGUUUUUCGAUACCUUGCAGCUUCUGCCUAUGUAGAUAUCAUACUGUUGAUUAGUUCUCAAAAGUAUCCUAAGUGGUUCAAUGUGUGUUCCCAUUAUAUUUCAAAACCAUGCAAAAUGCUUUAAUGCAUGUGUGGUACCAGCGCUGGUUACUUGCAUUGUGCAGUGUUUUACAAGAGGUCUUGGUCUUAACAGAAGUUUUGCCUUUUUUUUUCAGUGCUCUUCUGCCUCUUUUGAUUGGUGUCCUUUGAGAACAAUACACCUUCUAUCCCUUCAUUUUGUUGCACCUUUCCUUGUGACAUUUAGCAAGUUUCAAACUUACUUCCAUGUGAGGCUAGGAAACCUCAAAUUUCAGGAAUUGGGAAAAAGUAAAAUUAGCACUUGCAGAAGUAGCAGCAGAUGGGAAAAUGCCUUGAUUGACAUUUUCCUUCAGCGUUUAAAAAUUUUGGCAUUUUACAGCUUCAUGACAAACAGUUUCCAGCCCAUACCUUAGAAUAUGUGGUGCUGAGUUAAAUAAAGGCUGUUUGUGCACUGGAGCAGAAAAAUGCAUUAUUUGCAAACUGGUGGAGAAUUCUGUGCCUUCUUUCCUGGCCACCAAGCCAGUGUAGUAACAGCGUAAAUGUCAUAAAAUCCUUAUAUCAAAAACAAAAGCAAAAACAAACACAGAGGUGAAUUCAGUUUUGUAAUUUUAAACCUCAAAAAAUCCAACUGAAAAUAUUUCCGUCCAAUGCUGUCAAGAUUUGAGACUGUACCUCGUUUGCAGAACUGCUUUGAAAGGGAAGAGUGGACGACUCCCAUCAGCCUUAUCCUCUUGAGAACUCUAUUUGGUUCCUAGUAACAGCCUUUCCAAAGCUCUACUCUUGGUUUUUAUUAUUCAUAAAUGUUUAAAUUAGAAAAGAAAGGAUCUUGUACAUGUGAAACUUAAUUGACUCUCUAUAUUUUGGACAAUUUAUGUAUCUGAAAUGUGUCGUCUCUCUUAUAUGAUGUUAUUUUUUGCCAGGAGACUACAGGUUGAUUUAGCUUGAUAGCUGCGAUUUGAUGGAAAACUGAUUUCCAUUUAGUCUUACCAAGUGUUGCCUCUCUCUUACUAGAUAAUAGCCAAGUAGUAAAAUCUAAGGCAGUAUGUAAAUGAAAUCAACAAAGAGAGUAGGGUUCAUUUUUAAAAUGUUCUUAAUGCUGAGUAACCAGUUGUUCAAUUUAUUAAAGGUGUCUGAAGACAUUAAAACACUAUCAGAUUUUAAGAAUUGGUUGUGCCAAUGUGUGAGGGAUUACCUUUAGGCUCUCUGUCACCAGUGAUUUACUAGCGUUAGCUGUUUAACACAUUAUCUGUAUUUAGUAGUGAUUAUUUAUUUACCAGUUGGUGGUAAUUCAGCAGUCAGGACGCUAAGCUUUUAUAGUUGAGUUGAAGGGAAUCUUGCUUUUAUUCAUUUGGCUGGCAACUGCCUUUAUCACAGACCUCUGGUGCUUGGCUUCCAUGGAAGUCUCUGAGAUGCCAAAAUUACCCCUUUGGGGAGCAACUUGCUCUAAGGGGUGAUGCAGUGAUAUUUCAAGGGGUUUUUGUCACAAUUCAGAAUGUGAAAAAUUAUCUUAAUUCACAUGCUCCAACUACUAGCCCCUCAAAAAAAUCACACACAAUCAAAAUAAAUACAAAAAUACUUUGUCUUUUAGGUCCUUAAAUAACUGUAUCAAGCACAGAAAAAGAAUCUAUAUAAUUUUUCAUAAGAAAGUCACAGUUCUAAAAAUUGUUUACUGAUGAACUAAAAAAUGUACCAGUAACAAAGCAGUGUUUCCAUUCAAUGUUAAUGUGUUAAUGAUAAAAGAUCUUUUCAUCAAAAUUAAAAGUAGUGAGAAUCAGUGUUAGUUGUACCUAUACCAAAGUAAACAUAAAAGAGAUGCAUCAUGCAGUUUCAAAGAAUGCUUUCAUGUUAUUUCUUAACCUGGCAUACUUAAUCCUUACUGCAGGCAAUAUGCAAAUAUUGGCUCACUACUCCAUAAAUUAAUUGAAUUCCUGGUUGGGAAAUUGACUUGUUUUGUUUUUCUACAUUAGCUGAGAUCUUGUAAAACAUGACUUCCCUUUAAAGGAUCUAGGUACUGCUCAAUUUAAAAAAUGACACCAUAAAAAAGAAAAAAAAAAGCAAUGUAGUGAUGGAGCAAUAUGCUUUAUUAGAACCAGGUUAAAAGCUGUUUGUUGCCUAAUGGAGUAGAAGUUGCUGAGGUCAACAAGUAGACUGAGGUUUGGCAUAAUAUAUGCCCACUCAUUAUUGUCUAAUUAUAUUCUUUUGACAACAGACAACAUUAUCGGAGCAUUAAUUCAAAUGAGAGUUCUGGCUAUCAAGAUGUGUUGAUUCGAAAUGUGAUUGAAUGAGACCUGAAUAAAGUCUGACUUUCCUGGCUCCAGUGUUUCGUAGGUUGGCUAUUCCCAUUUGUCAGCCCCAUCACUCCAUAAGGUUCUUAGCUGCACCAAGUGAUUGGUGAACAAGGACAACAACAAAGCAGAUACGUUGUAUGGAUUUAUCUCAACGCUAUUGUUUAAUGGCUGUGUUUAAUGUGACCUAUCUGGAAAAUGAGGACUCUGAAUAAAAAGCUAUUACUAAUA